CUCUGUGUCUGACUCUCUGCAUGCGAACGCACCGACUCGACUCCCAUAAUUCAACAGGCAACAAAGGAAGAAAGAAACAGGCCGCGAGCUACAAAAGGGUUAGCCCACCUUGGCUAGAAGAUAUCACGUUAGUGUUUAUCCGCCCGUCGCUUCACUUCUGUGAGUUAAAACAAAGGUCGUAUUUGCAUAUAGUAACGCAUUGUGGCUUUGUGUCAAUUCGGAGGUGGACUAAACGAAAGUAAUGGUAAUGUUUUCGAUUUAAAAACGCUAACAAUGCUAGCUGACAUAGGGCUGGUAAGUUAGCAUUAGCCUAGCUAACGUUAGCCAACAAUUGUAAAGGAGAAAAUAUUUCACAAUCUACUCCCCGAGAUUUACAACACAGUCUCCUGGUUUAGAAGUGUAUUGAACGCGCACAGGAGAAAAUAAGGUGAUGGAGGUGGAACUUGACCCAGCCAACUGAGUCACCAUUUCCCCGCAGAUAAUAGAUGCUGCCGGUCCACAUUGUGCAUGACUUUUUUCAUGUGGGCUGAUGGGAAGACACCGUGGAUAGUACUGUCGUCAGGAUACCUGGAGAGCCACCCCAUGCCCCCACUUUGGAGGGGCUAACAGAAUGAAGAAAAUAAGCCUUAAGACCAUCCGCAAGACCCUCAACAUAAAGGGCAAAGAUGAAGGGGACUUUGUUAUGCUCGAACAGCCUUCAGUGACUACAGAGUUCUCUAAGGAAGAGUCAAUAUUUGGGGGAUGCUACACCAAAGAGCUUUCCGGCUGUGAUCUUGUUGGUGAAGAUGAGAAAGGAGGCCAAACCAAGAAUCGCUCUAAAAAUGAAAGCUUGAUGGGAUCACUGAAGAGAAGGCUAUCCACAAAGCAGAAGGCAAAAGUAAAAGGAGGAUCGUCUGCUAUAGGUUCGGUGGAUGACGACGACACCCUCUCAUCAUCGUCUGUGCCCAUAAGCUGCAACGAGUUAAAAGCUCAAAGACCCCUUAGAUCUCCCUCUUUGUGGAGUCAGCACUAUAGCCCCUCACCGUGGCCUCUGCGCUCAGUCAACUCUGAUGAUGCUUGCAUCAAAAUGGAGGUAAAGGUCAAAGCCAUGGUUCACUCUCCAUGCCCAAGUCCAAACCUAAAUGGUGUCAGAAAAGACUUUAAAAACUACCAAAUGGAAGGGCUCUUUCAGGAUCAGCCCGAGUCCUUAAAGAAUCUCCAGCAGCCACAAAAUGGUGAGCUGCAUCUAAACAUUGAUGAAAAUGAUGUGCCUGUUGUGCUGGGGCUGACCCCCCAGCACUAUAUCCCAUACACAAUGCCUUUAGAUGAGGGAAUGUACCCAGAAGGGUCCCACUCCUUCUGCCUGGACACAUCCUCUCCCAUGGAGGUGGGGACAGAAGCAGAAAGCGGGUCCAUCCACACACACCAGGGACCAGAAGAACACGACCUGGUUAGUGGGAUGCACCCGGACCUCUUCAUGGAAACUUCAGUUAAUAGUAUUCUUAUUAGUUCUGCUGGUAUCGUGCUUCAAAGCUCUCGAGUAGAGGUCCCACCUCCGCUCUCGCCACUCCUGUCGCCCAUGACAAAUAAUGGACACAUUCCUAGGACUUUUUCAGGCUUCAGCACCUCAGACAGCCAGGUAGCUGAGAGGGUAAGACACCACCUCAACUUUGACCCAAAUUCAGCCCCAGGAGUGAGUCGGGUGUAUGACUCCGUCCAGAGCAGUGGCCCCAUGGUAGUGACCAGUCUGACAGAGGAGCUGAAGAAGCUCGCAAGGCAGGGCUGGUACUGGGGUCCCAUCACAAGAUGGGAAGCAGAGGAAAAGCUCUUUAACUUGGCCGACGGUUCGUUCUUAGUCAGAGACAGUUCCGAUGACAGGUACCUGCUCAGCCUGAGCUUCAGGUCGCAGAGCAAAACUCUCCACACCCGUAUUGAACACUCCAACGGACGCUUCAGCUUUUAUGAACAGCCUGAUGUGGAGGGACACACAUCGAUUGUUGAUUUAAUUGAACACUCCAUCAAAGACUCUGAGAACGGAGCUUUUUGUUAUUCCAGGUCUCGCCUGCCAGGUUCUGCAACUUAUCCUGUCAGACUGACUAACCCAGUAUCCCGGUUUAUGCAAGUGCGCUCUCUGCAGUAUCUUUGCCGCUUUGUCAUUAGGCAAUACACCAGAAUAGACCUGAUCCAAAAAUUGCCCUUACCUAACAAAAUGAAAGACUAUCUGCAGGAGAAACACUACUGACACAGAAACACGACAGUUUGCACAUUUGUGUUCAGGCAUGAGAUUGAAACAAGGUUUACAGACAGCCGCAGUUUUGAGAUGGUUGGUUCAGGUAGCCCUUGAUUUGUUUCUCAGUGACUUUGUCACUGUGAAGUCCUCCAUUCCAUUGCUCUGCUGUUUUUCCACUGGGUUUCAUAACACAACUUCCAGUCAUUUAGGCCAGCAAAUAAUCUACUGCAAAAAUAUAGUAAAGGUGUUCUGCAUAGUAGUGUAGCUAUUUGAGCGUUGGCAUUCACAAUAUGUGGACAUGUGUGCUACCCAGCACCGCACAUAGAAAUGGUUUUGAAAGUAGAGUAGAGCCAACUGGAAAAAAUGAAAUGUAAUGCUGAAUUUCUAAGUCUGCUUUUUUUUUUUUCUUCCCCAAACAAGUUUUACAUUUUAGAAAUAAUUUCAAGAUGUGACUUUAUUUUAUUAAUUGAGUUUUCAAACGUGGACAUCUUCAGCACAAUCGGACUCUAAUGUUGAACAUUGGAGUAUUAUUAGAACACGGACAGACUUCGGUCACCUGUGUGACAGUAUGGUCUGUUUUUCUGCCUAAUCUCACUUUUGACUAAUAUCUAAAUAUUUUUGAUCUUUAAUUAGAAUGGUGCUGACUUUUAUUUUGUCCUAUUUUUCUGCGGCUGUACUGGUUCUCAAACAUUCAGUAUGAAAGAAAAAAAAAAUCAUACUUUUUUUUUUUUUUUUUAAUCUAUUGGGUCAGAAGUUCUAACACUAACCAAAGAGCUAUGUAACAUUUUCUGAGCUAAGUCAUAAUAAUGUUGGUAACAUUGUAUAUCAGACGUUGUAUACAUUUUUCCAGGCUUUUUAAAGUGUAUAAAAAUUUGGUCAAAGAUGUAGCUUUUUAUUUGGCUGCAUUUACUCCUUAUGCAUCAUUUUUGCCUAAAGGUACUGUUAAUGCUGGAUUUUAAUGUGCUGUUUGUAAAAGAAAAAAAAAGGCGCGAAAAGUUGAAACCUUUCUAAAAUAUGCUCAUAUUUUUUUCCUGCAUUUGGAAUCUUAAAGCUGCACUUGAGCUCAGGCCUAACAACGUUUUCCGUGUAUGUAAUGCUUGUAUCCUCAUGUCGUAACGGCUUUAAGACUGUCAUUUAGGGCCGCUGUUGCGUUGUCCUUUAUGAAUGCAGACGUCACAACAAAUAGAGGAGAGAUAGAUUGGUUUAUUGUUUCAUUGCAGCUUCGGCUUAAAGGUUUUUUAAGGGCAAAGUUCGAUAUGCCCCAUGAAAGAUUUCCAUUCGGUUAAUUUGGGUUAGCUAGAAAUUAAUGCCAGAAAUAAAUCGAAUAAAGCAGAAAACUGCAAGUUGAACAGAUAGGGUAAAGCCUUCAUGUCCUCUCGUCUUAGAUUGGAUGUCUGGGUCACAGGACACGCCUACAUGCUGUUACCUCUGAGUACAUUUUCUUUUAAAAUCAGCAAAAAAAAACCCAACUUUUUUCUUCAUCUCUUUUUCCAUCCGAGUCCUCACAAAGCUGCACUAUUCUACACAAUAUCUCUCUACUGGGCCGUUUGUGCUGAAGUAAAGGGAACAGCACACCGUAUGCUACGCAAGUGCUUUAUAUGGAUACUUGACAGGGAAUUAUUUUAACAUUGUGAAUGAGAAUCCAUUCUGACAUCAGUGUCCUUAAAAGUAUUAGGAAAAUGGUCCCGGACAAUUUCGACCGAUUGUUAAGAGCAUAGCUGUCGUUACCUUAAACCGUGAAUCUAGCACAGCAGAAGUAGAUAGGAACUUUGAAUGGUGUUGCAUGUUUAAAGACUUUUAAAGCUUUGAUUUGUAUAGGAAUGAAGGAUUUAAGUUGACUGUCUAGACAGAUGUGUUGUUUUUUUUUUUUUUCAUGUCACAAAAUGUGGGCUGGACAUUCUACUUACAAGAAAUGUGUUUUUCUAUUUGAAAUUCUAGUCAUAUCGUUUUUGUUUAGUGUUCUGACAUCUUCCGUCUGGGGGACGGGGCUGUACAAAAGGAAUGUACGCUUGUUUGAGGUAUCCAUUUUAUCUGCCUGCCUACCAGUUUCAGAAAGCACCGCGAUGGGGGGGGGGGCAUAAAAACUACAAUGACACAUUAUUUGCACUUGAACAUUUGUGACAUGCUUGGAUCCUCUCCUGCCUUGACUUUGCCCCUCAGAUGGUCUGUAAAAAGAAAGUCAUGCAUUCACCCUGAUGUAUUCAUAUAACUAAGAGUAAUAGUUUUGUUUUUCGUCAUAUCUGUGGGACUUAAAGGGUAUUGCGCCGCCAUCCCGUCAAAACCUCCGCUAAUGCCAAUUAGCUGUCAAAGGGGUGGGACGGCGGCGAGAAUGUGGAUGUAAAUUUUCUCGUACCCUUUUGUUUUUUGUUAAUUUUGUUUUGUGAGUGGAUGUGUUUCUGUUGAAAUGUGAACAUAAAAUGUUUAGUCUUUUUAAGUACAAUGUUCUUUUAGUUGUAUUUCCGAUUUGAUUUGCAACUUUUCAUCUGAAAGCUGGUUUCACAUAAUUGUUAUGCUGCUGAAAGUUCUCUGGAUCCUGGCUCCUUGUUAGAUGUCAUUUCCUCCAACGUUUGAUUCCAGAGGUUGAUGCUUGUUCAUCCGCUGAAGAUUUACCAGCACUCAAGCUUCAACCUCAUUCCUUGCGUAUCUCUGAGUGAAGGUAAUCGUUUACAACCCGACUUUUGGACAUGGCCUUUUUUUUUUCUUGGUUUGUCCUUUCUCACAUGAACACCUUGGUACAAUUAGAAUUUCUUUACUUUGAUGUGUUUUACACAUUUGUGCUGCUUAUGGAUAUGAUUGCCUUUCUUGUAUUUAACAGUUGGGAAAUGGAAUGUCACCAAUGUAGAUGUCUGCACACACAGGGACCUUGGUUAACAUCUUGGGAGAGCAAAGCAGAUUUGCAAUGUGUUAACGACUGCAGUUGGUUAAAAGAGAAAUCGUAGCGAUUAGUGGAAACCUUUGUAGAAUUACCAAUUCACUCCAGUUUACAUUGGUGUUAACUUUCCAAAGUAGUUGGUCUUUUUUUUGUAUUUUCUUUUGGAGAGAAAAAAUCAGCAGUGAUUUAUUGCACAUUUUGGAUACAGUUCCAGAGUUUUUUUGUAUCUGCCAAUUAUAAAUUAUAAAUAAAAUUAUAUUCUAAAAAAA